AUGGCACCAAUCCGAACCGCCACAAGGAAGCAAAGCCGCCAAAACCGGCUUGUCCCUCGCCUAAGGCUCUUAGUUCGGCCACGACCACUUUACAAGACACCAGCAUACAGGAUCCGCAAGCUACAAAGGAAGUAUGAGGUGACGAAAGACGUCAUCGCAGAAGGUGGCUUCGGCAGCAUCAAGGUCGUCUACAAGAAGGGCAGCCCGACAAAAUACGUGGCCAAGUCCUUGGAGAGGUACCAAGAUGAGACCGACGAUACAUAUACGGACCGGGCUUUGAAGGAGUUCAACAUCGCCAGGGCACUGAAGCACCCAAAUAUCAUCAAGACUAAGCGCCUCUGCCAAGAUGACUCUAGUAUAUGCCUUGUUAUGGAGUGUUGCGACAAGGGAGACCUGUGCCACGUCAUGGAUAAGAAGCAGCUUACCCUGAUCCAAAAAAAGAGGAUCUUUAAGCAGAUACUCAGGGGUGUUGCAUACAUGCAUAGCCGCGGUAUCGCACACCACGAUAUUAAACCAGAAAACCUGGGCAUCACUGAGAACGGGGAUGCCAAGCUUCUUGACUUUGGGCUGUCCAGGGUUUUUGCUGAGCAGCUCCCUCCUAAUAACAAUGGCGAGAGGAAGCUUGGUGAGGUCAAGAUGUUCUCACCUCUCCCCAGGGGCACGAGAGCUUUUCUUCCGCCAGAAAUAAUAACCCCAGAAAUAAAUUCACACGGCGACUAUGAGGACUACGACGCCAGAGCAGUCGACGUAUGGAGCUGUGCAGUAACUGCCUACUGCCUAUUCGCGGGACGAGACUGUCCGUGGGAGGAGGCCAGCCCCGACGACGAGAUGUAUUCGCUCAUUUAUCAAAUUUGGGCUCACAUUGUCGAAUGUCCUGGCAGACCGGUCGCGGAUUUUCUUCCACUAUUUGCAGAUUUUGUCGGCGCCUUGCCUGAUCCAGAAAUAGGGCGACUUCUUCUUCGGAUGCUGCACCCAUUCCGCGAGGACCGAAUCACAAUUUUCGAGGCGUUGGAGGACCCUUGGGUUCAGGCUAUCGACUGCUGA